UAUAUCUUACAUCUUGCGAGUAUCAAAUUACUUAUGAAGAAUACAUUCCAUUAUAUUUUAUGAUAUAAAAUUGUACCCGAUAUAUCACUUGAUUGUAAUGCGAUAUACGUAAUCUGUAUUAUAUAUUGUAUUUAGUUUCUACUCAUAAUUUCCUUAUGCCUGUAUCUACUAUACACUAUCCGCAUACGUAUUAUGUAUCCUCAUAUAAUUUUCUUAUUAUAGCAACGCUAUUUUUAUUUUGUACUUAAUUCGCUGCUGCAGCAACAUGCGACACCGCAGCGGCGACUUGGGUGGUGUCUAAAUAAAUAUAUUUAUCACAUUGAUAUUUUAUGCAUUAUUUUAUUCGUUCGAUUAUUUCACUAGUAUGCAAUAUGUCUCGUGUAACAUAUAUCACUAGUGUUGAUAAUUCCAAAUAAUUAUCCAAUUGUACAUUACGGCUUUUUUGUUCUUUCACGUUGUGACAGUCGCGCGAUAUAUUUUCAUUCGGUAGGAAUGAUUAAAAAAAUUCGAAAAAAAAGUUAACGUCAAUUUUCAUUUGCUUCCAAAAAGUUGAAAUAAAGGAAGGAGAGGACCCGGGCUAUAUGUAAAUUUUCGUUAAAUUAAGGGAAUCUCGAAAAAUACAAUAUCAAUAAUGCGUCGGUGUUUAACGGACCAGAGUAUUUAGUCAUAUUAGUCCCAUUUAGUCCACAUAAGGAUGCAUACAUAAAGGAACUUUAAAUGAAUAAAAACGAACAGGUAAUCCAUUUUUUAUCAAUAUAAAGUUUUAUUACGUGCACAUACACAAACGCAUUUUAUCUUGUGAAGGAUUUCUAAAAAUUUUUUAUUUUAAUUUUUAUAAGAGGAUUAUGUAAUUAUUCGUACAGUCGUAUUCAAUAAUUUUGUAUCCAUUUGCAUUAGUAUAUUUUAUUGACUUAUACACGAAUAUGUUAUAAUUUUAAAUAAUGUGCAAUCCUGCGGCCCCAAUUGUUCCUUAGAAACAUUUCAAUCUCUCGAUAUACCCGAAAGCCUGCUUUACUUUUUAUAUGUAUUUCUUUAUUCUUAUGAAGACUCUGAGAUAUUUAUUUCUCUGUCUGUAUUUCUAACGCUAUCCUGCUCCACGAGCUCGUCACGUUUCAAGCCACACCGCGUCACCAUUGUGUGUGGGUAUCGUACACGUACAGCAUCCCCGUAGAACUCCCGUGUCCCACAUUUCAUUAUCACUCGUCCUGUGAUUCGAAUUGUUCAGUAUUUCUCUCGGCCUCUUUUUUUCUGUCCACUUGAACGCAGGAGUUACGGAGCAAGAGACCAUUUAAGAUAUGGGACAGCUGGCGAAACGUAAGAAAGGGACUGGUCGUUAGCAAUUUCGAGGAGUUGCUGCAUCGUGGUAAAGAAAAACUCGGAGUGCCUCAGAAUGAAAAUGUCUGCUUAGUACUCGAGUCCGACGGCACUCAGGUCGAAGACGGCGAGUACUUCAAGACUUUGGCCAACAAUACGAUCCUGUUACUCCUGCGACAUGGCGAGCGGUGGUGUCCAACCGGCGUCGACAUCAUUCGGGCCGUGUUCGUUUGUACCAGCGAUAUCAGCAAUCCCGAAAAUAGUCUGCGAGACGAUCCACGCGCUGGAGUUGCACGAUGAGACGCCAUCCUGGAAGAUCAUGGACAAUAAAGGCCGAGUCACAGUGGUGCUCCACUGGGACCAGCGAAGCGGUACGUCGGGUUCGUCGCAGCAGGUUCAGCAGCAGGUUCAGCAGGUACAGCAAUCCUCGCAGCAGUCAAAACCGCAGGAAGGUGGCCCGAGCUCGAAGUACUCGCCGACGAAGAAGGUGGACCACAUGGGAGGAUCGUCCCAGCGUCCAUCGCUGGUAAUACAGACGAGCCUGGACAAGCUGGGCUACGGGACUCCAAAGGUACCAGGUUCCCACGAGCCAGGACCGCGUUACAGCAGUCCUCAAAUCACUGUGAUAAAUCAUGACGAUAUGGUACAGAAGAGUUUUACUAGUCCGAGUAAUAGUUCCUACGGGUCGUCGCAGCAGCACGGCGUGCUUGGCGGGAGGCUGGUGAAGCAGGGAACGAACUCCUUCGAAAGCACGACCAUUCAUAUCCACACGCCGGAGUGUUCGAAUCACAUCCACCAGCCGGUAGUGGCGCAGCGCAACGGGAGUCCCGUGAACGGGGGCGAGGGCGGCGCAGCCAGCGAGUGCGACUUUCACUGCUGCGCCUUGCACGAAGAGGGACGCCGAAUAGCUGUACACAAGUCGGUCGCUACUUCGCCGAUUCAGGACGCCCAGGCGGCACAGGUACACGCGCAGCAGAGCGUUGCACAUGCACAGCAGACUCAGACACCUUCGCCUCAGCCACCGAGUUCCCUGUCGGAUGGCAGCCGUCGACCUGGCAUGGUCAAGGGUCAUGUCCGUUUCCGGGAUACUGCCGACGAGGAUCCUACUGGCGGCGCCGGCGCCGCUGGAGGUCGCUUGCCGAAUCCCGCAGCUUUUCAUUUGCAUCAUCAUCAUCAGCACAACCAUCAUCAUCAGGAGCACGAUAGCUCCGAGUCCGAGACCGAGAACACGAUAAUGGAGGACGAGAUCGUCACCUCGGAGAAGUUCCUGCUGCUGAUCGACCAGCUCACCGUCGACCAGAAGCAUCACCUCAGCAUCAAGGACAUCGGCAUCAUCCUCGAGCGUCUCAGCUCGAAGAUCCUCGACGUCGAGCGUCUCGAUCGCGAGAGCGAGAGCGAGGAGUGCUACAACUGGACGAUCAAGGCCAUCAUCAGGGGAGACGUGCUGCGCGAACUCGGAGUCAUUUACAACGGGAACUACUACGCCAUCAGCGAGCAUCCCGGAUACAAGGAGGAGUCCGAGGAGAAUAAUGAGGAUAACGAGGAGGAAGAGGAGGAUAGACUUUAAUAUGACGCUGUUUUACUAGAUAGAUAGAUAGAUUAUACACCUAUUACAUGGUUAUUAACAUAGUAUGUACCAGCAGGUAAACGCGAGAGAUAACAAACGGGGAUGGUACGACAUGAUGGGGUUGGGCUCGGGGUGGGAAUUCGAUUCGGGUGGGAUGGGCAGGGGGAUGGGGAUCUCGGGGUCGUUUUUUUCAAAUGUUUUCAUAAUAAAAAACACACAUGCAUCGUAAUAAAUCGUAAUGACAUACCUAUAUAUAUAUUAUAUAUAUAUAUAUAUAAUUAGCUCUUACGACGGUUGUUGAAAAAGGAAUGUACUUAUUAAAAUAGUCUGUAUACUUGUAGGAAACAUUGGGAUACGGAGCGUCUCCGUAACCGUCCACAACACUGCCCUAUCUAAAACAAACAAUAUGAAUAUAUUAUAAAAGUUCAAUCCUGACAUUCA